CCAGACCAGCCUUCACACCCAUGAUUGGUCUAUAAUAAGAAAAUUUACAUCUUUUUCUGACUGGGUUCCAGAAGCACCUUGUGCGUUAUAAAUACAGCCUGCAGCCGGGAAAACAAAAUGAGCAUCGACACCCAAGGGAUCCGCAAACAGACACCAGCGCUCCAUGAUCUUUGUGAGGAGGAUGGUGCAGCAAGCGCUUCGACUGUCCGUCCGCAACGCCUUCCCCCUGGUCAAGUGGAUGGAGAGGUGGGCCGAGAGCGCAGCAGCGCCUCCGCUGGGGAGCGACCGGCAGGCGGUGAGGACCCUGGACGACAUGCCCGGACCGACGGCCGCCAGCUUCGCCUGGGACCUGUUUGCCAGGGGGGGUCUGUCUCGACUGCAUGAGUUACAGCUGGAAGGAGUGCAGCGCUAUGGGCCCGUGUGGAAGGCGAGCUUCGGCCCCAUCCUGACGGUCCACGUAGCAGAUCCGGCCCUCAUAGAGCAGGUCCUGAGGCAGGAGGGCCAGCACCCAAUGAGAUCGAACCUUUCAUCCUGGAAGGACUACAGGAAGCUGAGAGGACAUAACUUUGGACUUUUGACUGCCGAGGGAGAGGAGUGGCAGGAAGUGAGAAGUCUCUUGGGGAAGCACAUGCUGCGACCGAAGGCUGUGGAAGUUUACGACAAGACCCUGAACAACGUCGUCAGCGACCUGAUUACCAAACUUCGCCUUUGCCGGUCCUCCCAAGGCCUCGUAACUGACAUCACCAGCGAGUUCUACCGCUUUGGCCUCGAGGGCAUCUCCUCUGUGCUGUUUGAGUCCAGAAUCGGAUGCCUGGACCCGGUUAUUCCUGAGGAAACGGAGCGCUUCAUCGAGUCCAUCAACACCAUGUUUGUGAUGACGCUCCUCACCAUGGCCAUGCCCAGCUGGCUGCACCAGCUAUACCCUAAACCCUGGAAAACCUUCUGCGACUGCUGGGACUACAUGUUUGAAUUUGCCAAAGGUCACAUCGACCAGCGCUUGUUGGCCGAAGCCAACAAGAUUGCCAAAGGGGAGAAAGUCGAGGGCCGUUAUCUCACCUACUUCCUCUCACAGACGGGGCUGCCGAUGAAGACUGUCUACAGCAAUGUCACAGAGCUGCUUCUGGCUGGAGUCGACACAAUCUCCAGCACUAUGUCCUGGACUCUGUACGAGCUCUCCCGUCACCCAGAGAUCCAGGAUGCACUCAGGGAGGAGGUGUUGACCGUACUGGAGGGUCGAAGGAUACCAGACAACACAGACGUGGCCCGUAUGCCCCUCAUGAAGGCCACAGUCAAGGAAGUCCUCAGGCUAUACCCAGUUAUUCCUGCCAAUGCGCGGGUCAUUUCAGAGAAGGACAUUGAGGUGGGAGGCUACCUCGUUCCUAAAAAUACCUUGAUCACUUUGUGCCAGUUUGCCACAUCCCGGGACCCGGCUGUGUUUCAGAAUCCAGAUGAUUUCCAUCCCCAUCGCUGGUUUAACAAAGACGAGGCUCAUCACCCCUACGCCUCAGUUCCCUUUGGCGUGGGAAAACGCAGCUGCAUAGGUCGCCGGAUUGCAGAACUGGAGCUCUACCUCGCUCUAUCUCGGAUCCUGAUGGAGUUUGAGGUGAAGCCAGAUGCUGAGGGUAAUUCUGUGAAGCCCAUGACUCGGACGCUCCUCGUUCCUGAAAAUGCCAUCAACCUGCAGUUUGUUGAACGAUGAACUCCUCUUCUGAUCCCGAUGGGUGAACGUGAGCUGUCCCCCGCUGCCACCCAGGCUGCCCUUUACUCGGGCCGUGUGAGGUGGAGAGAACAGGCAGGGCAGCGUUAUCGCAUGCACCACGAGGCUGCUCAGGCGCAGCGGUUCAUGUCAAAGCGGGUCUUCGACCUUUGACACAGUUAGGAGAAAAGCCCACCUAAUCUGCAGCCCGGCGCGUGCUGGCCGGCACAUAACGAUGGAGAGAAAAAAAACCGGCAGUCUUAACGGCACAUUUAAUGCUGAGAAAGAUGUGACGGAGAAAACAUGAGUUACCUGUCUGCACUGUUUCUAGAGAAAAAUCUUGAGAAUUUCACGUUGAGAUUAGAUCAGUUCAAGUUACGAAUGAAUGCGAGCUUUGAUAUAAUUAACUGGAUUUGUUCUUUUUUUUAAUCUUGUAAAACCUAUGAAUUAGAAAUCUUGCACUAUUGAGCACAUUUACUGUGUCCUGAAUAUGUGAACAUUUUGUGUUGAGUCGUUGGAGCUGAUUGUAGUGCAGUAAGAAAGCUGUGCAGGUGUAAUGAUUAACAUAGUGGGACCAGUACAUUUUGUCAGGGAAAAUGUUUUAAAAGGCAGCUAUUGAGAACAUACCUGUGUGAUGUCACUGAAUUCACAGAUGUAAUGUCCUGUAACAGGAAGUACAGUGUGUCAGGUCAUCUAAAUGUCCAAGUUACUGAUGUGGCAUUAUGCUGCAAAAUCUUAUGGAUUUCACCAUUGUAUUUAUUCCAGUGUGACACAAUAUGAUGCUGCUACAGUAAAUGUCAAUAAAUGUGUAUCAAUAAUUGACGCUUAAGUCAAUUAAAAAUUUUAAAUCUG